CUUCGCGUGUGUUUUCUGCUGCAUUUUUACCUCUUAGCGUCUCCGGCGAAAACCCACUACGACUGAGUAUGGCGCUCGAAAUCGAAGCUCGAGAUGUAAUAAAGAUUAUGCUUCAGUUCUGCAAAGAAAAUUCCUUGAAUCAGACAUUCCAGACAUUACAAAGCGAGUGUCAGGUUUCCUUGAAUACAGUAGACAGCGUCGAGACGUUUAUUUCUGAUAUUAAUAGUGGAAGAUGGGACUCGGUACUACCUCAAGUUUCCCAGCUUAAACUUCCCAGGAAUAAACUUGAAGACCUUUAUGAACAGAUUGUAUUGGAGAUGAUAGAACUUCGAGAGUUGGACACUGCCCGAGCUAUUUUGAGACAAACUCAGGUGAUGGGUGUCAUGAAGCAGGAGCAAGCAGAAAGAUAUUUGCGGAUGGAGCAUCUUCUAGUCAGAAGCUAUUUUGAUCCGCAUGAGGCUUAUGGAGACUCAACUAAAGAAAGAAAACGGGCACAGAUUGCUCAAGCUGUGGCUGCCGAGGUUACCGUGGUACCACCUUCACGGUUAAUGGCUUUGAUAGGUCAGGCUUUAAAGUGGCAACAACAUCAAGGCCUGCUCCCUCCAGGAACACAGUUUGACCUCUUUCGUGGGACGGCAGCUAUGAAGCAAGAUGUAGAAGACACACAUCCUAAUGUUCUUACUCAUACCAUAAAGUUUGGUAAAAAGAGUCAUGCAGAAUGCGCUAGAUUCUCACCAGAUGGACAGUUUCUUGCAUCUUCUUCUGUGGAUGGUUUUAUCGAGGUAUGGGAUUACAUAAGUGGAAAGCUCAAGAAGGAUUUGCAAUAUCAAGCUGAUGAAUCUUUCAUGAUGCAUGAUGAUCCUGUCCUCUGCAUAGACUUUAGCAGAGAUUCAGAGAUGCUUGCAUCUGGGUCACAAGAUGGAAAGAUUAAAAUCUGGCGUAUAAGGACUGGUGUAUGCAUACGUCGUUUUGAUGCACAUUCCCAAGGAGUUACAAGUCUUUCCUUCUCUCGGGAUGGAAGCCAAUUACUGAGUACCUCCUUUGACCAAACUGCAAGAAUCCAUGGUUUGAAAUCUGGGAAAUUGUUGAAAGAAUUUCGUGGUCACACAUCUUAUGUAAAUCAUGCCAUCUUUACAAGUGAUGGAAGCCGUAUUAUCACUGCCUCCAGUGAUUGUACAGUAAAGGUCUGGGAUUCUAAGACGACAGAUUGUCUACAAACAUUCAAGCCGCCACCUCCGUUAAGGGGAACUGAUGCAUCAGUCAACUCUAUUCACUUGUUCCCCAAAAACACAGAACACAUUGUUGUGUGCAACAAGACAUCAUCUAUAUACAUUAUGACACUCCAAGGACAGGUUGUGAAGAGUUUCUCAUCCGGUAAUAGGGAAGGAGGAGAUUUUGUAGCAGCAUGUGUAUCUACAAAAGGAGAUUGGAUAUACUGCAUCGGCGAAGACAAGAAACUGUACUGCUUCAACUAUCAAUCUGGUGGACUUGAGCAUUUCAUGAUGGUGCAUGAGAAGGAUGUGAUUGGUAUAACACACCACCCGCAUAGAAACCUCCUUGCUACCUAUAGUGAAGAUUGCACUAUGAAGUUAUGGAAGCCCUGAGUUUUCUCAUCAUCAAGUCUUGUUUUCUGUAUGAUUAGUCUGUCUUUAUUUGAUUUGCACUCUUCUCGGGUUAGAACUAGUGUAAUGUGAAACCAUCUUUGCAAAGAUCUCAGCCAUUUUGGGAACACUACCCACAGACUCUAAAACCAGCAUUUCAGAUUUUAAGACCGUUUCACCUGGCCUUGAGCCUUGUAGUAGUUUAUUUAACAACGUGUCUCCUUCCUCUUUGACCUUCCCAGCCAGUCAACUCCCAUAUACUUUUUAGUCUUAGGAAAGAAUAAAGUCAAGCUCAAAAAUAUAUAAAAAAAA